AAUGAUAUGCGAUGGAAUGAAUACUACUCUAGUUGGCGAUGAAUUCGAUAGAGAUACAACAAAAAUUGUUAUUCAAAAUCCGAAUAUAGAGCAUUUGGAUUUUAAUUGGUGUCGGUUAAAUAUCUCCUAUAAGAGCUUAACAGUUUUGAUCCUUAUAAAUAUUGAUUACAUCGAAAUCAGAUUCAUUAAGAACAGCGGAUUUAUGAGUAUACGAAAUGGAACCUUUAGAAAUCUCUACCACUUAAUCAGGAUACAAAUGAAUGGAAACGAACUAAUCCUAAGCGAACCUUUCCCAGAAAGUUUGUCAUUAACAACGCUAUUUCUUCGAAACAAUAGAAUUACUAGGAUAUCAUCAACUACUUUUGCAAAAGUUCCCUCAUUAACUUGGCUUGACUUAAAUGGUAAUCUUAUUAAGACAAUAGAGAGAAGUUCUUUCGUUAAUUUAAGACGGAUUGAAAUUAUUGACUUAUCAAAGAAUUGUCUGAGAAAAUUAAAAUCGGAAUAUUUUAUCGGCAAAAACCAAACAAGUAUCGUCACUCAAUUUUCCAUUGCGCACAAUCCUUUAACACUGAGAAGAGGAGACGAUUUCCUUAAAGGAAUGAAACGAUUAGAGACGCUUAAUCUCUCAGGAGUUGAGAUAAACAGCAUUAAUCUCAGCGAAAACAAACGUUUAAGACACGUCUAUUUCAAAAAGUUUUCCUACUGUCAGUUUGCCCCUGAAGUUCAAGUUUGUCAGCCGAAAACCGACGGUCUAUCGAGUGACAAGCAGUUAAUUGAUAAUUUGAAUCUACGUUAUUUCGUAUGGGUUAUAUCGAUUCUGACAGUAAUAAGUAACCUAUUCGUCAUGGCUUACAGAGUUGGCAGAGAGGAUAGAAAUUUUCAUUCCAUCUUUAUAUUUAAUCUAAGUGCUGCCGAUCUGAUGGUUGGCUUGUAUCUUUUAAUGAUAGCAUCAAGAGAUGUCAUGUAUAGAGAUAAGUUUAUUCAUAGUAUGCAUCAGUGGGUUUACAGCAACUGGUGCCAAAUUACGGGUUUCAUAGCUAUGCUGGGAAGCGAAUCUUCUGUCAUAAUUUUGGCAUUUAUGUCCAUUGAGAGAUUUCUUACGAUCUCUUACCCUUAUAAGAAGUUCGUACGGACAAAGAUGCGAGCUCUUUUGUGCAUGACUGUAAUCUGGGUUAUAGGAAUAAUUCUUUCAGCUAUUCCCCUUUUUGUGUAUGGUCGUUAUUUCUACGGACAAAAUGCGGUUUGUCUUCCUUUGCAUAUUCAUGAUACGUUUAUGACUGGAUGGGAGUUUUCGGCCCUUGUUUUCAUUGGAAUAAAUUUUGUAGCGUUCAUGCUUAUCGCUUCAACCUACUCAGCCAUGUUUAUCAAUAUUAGAAAUACUAGAAAAGCUUCGGCCCAACCAAACUCGGAAAAAAGUUUUGCAAUUCGAUUUUUCUUUAUUGUUCUUACUGAUGCUUGCUGCUGGAUCCCUAUUAUCGUUCUGAAAAUUCUUGCUUUCUGCGAUAUCUUGAUUGAUCGUUGGUAUUUUCUUAUAAACCCACUGCUGUAUAGUUUAUCAACACCUGUAUUUAUUCGGCGGGCUGGAGAUGUAUCAAGAUAUCAUUGGAGAAGAAUUGUUCCUAAAUCGCUCUCUCUUUCCCAGCCACGGCGUUCGUCUGCUAAGACUUCUGCAAUUACAGGAGCGCUUUCGUUAGAGAAUAGGAAGAAAUCGACAAUAAUACAUUGUUCAAAACUCAAUCAAACAUCGAAGGGAAAUGGAGAUUGCAGGGAAGAUGCUUCAGAUUGUGUUUAG